UGUUGCGGAAGGGGCUGUGACGCGCGCGGGAGGGGCGGAACGCGGUGCUGUAGCGACGGCCGCGGCAGCCAUGGCCAAGCAGUACGACAUGGUGGAGUGUCCCUUCUGCGAUGAGGUCUCUAAGUACGAGAAGCUCGCCAAGAUCGGGCAGGGAACCUUCGGGGAAGUUUUCAAAGCCAAACAUCGUCAGACAGGCAAGAAAGUAGCACUGAAAAAAGUGUUGAUGGAAAAUGAGAAGGAGGGGUUCCCCAUCACAGCCUUGCGAGAGAUUAAAAUCCUCCAGCUGCUCAAACAUGAGAACGUGGUGAACCUCAUAGAAAUCUGCAGGACCAAAGCCUCUCCAUACAACCGCUGCAAGGGCAGCAUCUACCUUGUGUUUGACUUCUGCGAGCACGACCUGGCUGGCCUUCUCAGCAAUGCCCAUGUCAAGUUCACGCUCUCAGAGAUCAAGAAAGUGAUGCAGAUGCUGUUGAACGGCCUUUACUACAUCCACAGGAACAAGAUCUUGCAUCGAGACAUGAAAGCUGCGAAUGUCCUGAUCACGCGGGACGGAGUGCUGAAGCUUGCGGACUUUGGGCUGGCUCGAGCUUUCAGCCUGGCUAAGAACAGCCAGCCAAACCGCUACACCAACCGGGUGGUGACUCUGUGGUAUCGGCCGCCAGAGCUGCUCCUAGGGGAGCGGGACUAUGGUCCCCCCAUUGACCUCUGGGGUGCAGGGUGCAUCAUGGCAGAGAUGUGGACCCGCAGCCCCAUCAUGCAAGGGAACACAGAGCAGCACCAGCUCACCCUCAUCAGCCAGCUCUGCGGAUCCAUCACACCGGAGGCUUGGCCAAAUGUGGAUAAAUACGAGCUGUACCAGAAGCUGGAUCUUCCCAAGGGUCAGAAGCGCAAGGUGAAGGAUCGCCUGAAAGCCUACGUCAAAGACCCCUACGCACUCGACCUCAUCGACAAGCUGCUGGUGCUGGAUCCCGCCCAGCGGAUCGACAGCGAUGAUGCGCUGAACCACGACUUCUUCUGGUCCGACCCCAUGCCCUCGGACCUCAAAAACAUGCUGUCCACCCACAACCAGUCCAUGUUCGAGUACCUGGCUCCACCACGCAGGAGGGGUGGGCACAUGCCCCAGCAGCCUGCUAACCAGAGCAGGAACCCGGCCGCCACCAACCAGACUGAAUUCGACCGAGUGUUUUGAGUGGGGGCUUCCCCAGCGGGGUCCCAGCUGGGCUACUGCGCAGGCUGCGUUCAGCGGGGAUGUCCUGGCAAGGUCUUUCUGUCUGGGAAAGGACUUUCUUCAAGGCGAAGCGCCUGCUGGCUUUAACUCGGCUCUGACAUCUCGUGCGGCAGCUCAGCCACCACGGAGCUGCUACAGAAGGUGACACCUGCAAGCCUGCAGAUGUUUCCCUACAGCUUUGUUACAGAACUCCCACACCCUCCCCCUGCCCCCCGCCUCGCCCCAGCAGAAGUCUGUACUGGUUAUGUUAAUCUUGUAGAACGAUUGUUAUGGACCUGG